AUGCCCCCCACCCAUCGACACUUCUCUGGACCACCCAUUCUACCUCCCGUCCCAGAACUCGCUUUCGACAUCCUCGACGGCUUCACCUUCCAGUUCGACUCUUUGAGCACUCCCCCGUCGGCAGCCUUUGACGCCUCUUCACCAAGAGUUCACUCCCCCCUACCCAUCAGACUCAUGUCGAGCCGCCUCAUUCCUCAACCGCCACCCAACGCACUCGCAGACGUCCCGGAAGACCUCUCUGACACAGAAGAGGCCAACGAGGACAUGGAGCUAUCCACCACCCUCCCUUCAUACUCAGAGUCGCCCUCCUCGCUCUCACGGGAUGGCAACGGCUCUUCGAUUCCUAACGGAGGGCCCUUAAGACCAACAGCACCUCUCAACAUCCGCAAGAAACUGUCAGCGUCUCCACCAGGCGGGCUUUUCGCUUUGCGGAUGCAGCACCGCACUACACUUCCUGACUGCCCCCGCACCCCCUCACCAGGUCAUGACUACUGCUCCGUCGAGCGGCUAGACCCCAUCCUUGCCGCCAUCGUCAACGGUGACAUGCGCGAGGGUGGCCUCCCAGAAGAGCUUACUCUGGAACGGACAUACCCGCACUACGAGAAGAGCUAUACGGCUUCGACGAAGGGGAGCGUGCACAGCCGCCGCCCGAGCGAGCCAGAUACCGGGUCGCGGGGCGCGCUCAGGGAUGCGUUCGCCGAAGGCACCAAGGCCUUCGUGACCACCCUAAACAAGCGACGAGAGGAGGACAGAAGACGCAGCGUCUACUCUCACAAACGCAACGCCGACAGCGAGACGUGGGCGCCGAGCGAGUUCGACAUCCCCCCUCCAACGACGAACGCGAAGGCUGUGAGCCUGCUCGGCCACCAUGACCGGCGGCACGACCGGCGCGGCUCGGACGCCGAUGAGCUGCAGAUCACGCCGGCGCCUCGACCCUUUCCCGGAGCGACGAGCAAGGCCGCCGCACUCUUGGGUAUUGGCGUGGCGGAGCCACCGCCGGUCAAGCGAUUCGGCAAGUUUGGCAGCCCAAAAGCGCCGCCAAACGCCCUGCACGCCAUCCGCCGCACCCAGCCCACGGGGUGGAGUGGUGCUGGCGCCAGCGCGACGAUAAAGAGAAUGAGCCAGUAUGCGUUCCAGAUGAUGGAUGACGACAUCGACUUGAGCGACGAUCUCGAGACGCCAGCGCCAGUCCAUCCCAUUCCGCAUGAGGAGGACGUGACGAUCGCGCCUGGCCCCGGACAGAGCUUCACGCCCAUGUCUGCGCGUUUGAGCGUGCACGGUGCGAGCCCGCGCGGAGCAAGUCCGCGCGGCGUAAGCCCGCUCAGCUCAAGUCCGCACAGCACGGGCUCCGCGAUGCGCAACACCCCCUCCCCACUCGGCUCGGGACACCCGUUCGCUGCGAUUCCCACCCGCGUCACACCCCAACCCCGUAUCCGGCCGGAGGGCACGUCGCCCUCAAGCCUCAGCGCGAAAUCCUCCCCACUGGUUCCGCACACGCCACUGAGCGCGUACUCGCACUCGUCGGGCGCGGCCUCGUCGUCGGAUUCAUCCCGCGCCCCGACAGCCCUGCAGCGGAAAAGCACGCUCAAAGCCCGCCCACCCCCAAUCUCCGUCGAGCGCAUUUCCCCCACGCGCGACUUUCCCCUCGUCGAGGUGCCUACGCCGCAAACCAUACCUUCGUCCUCGACACCGACCACCGCUAGACCCGUCAUCUCCCAAACGGAGGCGAACGAGCCGCCGAGAUUCAAAUCCCACAUACUGGCCAAAUACCGGCUCAUCGAGCCGCCCAUUGCGGUGGCCGACCAGCGAGACAGCACUUGCACGAUGUCGACCACGGCAAGUGGGGCGACAGGCAUGUCGUCUAAUAGCGGCUGGUCAGACAACAGCGACACAUACACCAGCCGGGAGAGCUAUGCCGCCUCAGCGCGCGAGAGCGUCGCGGCCAGCCGCCACAGCCUGUACACGUCAGCGUCGACGGAGAGCUUUGGCUCUCACAAUGCGCCACGGCGCUCAGGGGCGUCGGUCGCGCGCGUCGACUCGCUGCCGUCUGCCGCGGGGCGCGACGACAAAUCUCUCACUGCGCGCUUACACAAACACGUGCGCACGACGUCCACGGCGUCCUCGGCGUCCUCAGCCUUCUCGGCGGUAAACAGCGCGACGGCGACGCUCAAAGCAGCGGCAUUCACCCUCUCGGGACUGGCGGCACACAUCGCGCCGGGCCUCACGACACCGGAACACGGCAAGAACCCGCACGAGAUCCCCGCACACAUGCGCAUCUUUCCCGCGCCGGACGAGGCGCAGGUGCCGCAGACGCAGCCCAAGCCGCCGCCAUGGCACAACUACAAGAUCCGGUACGACAAGGACGGGCGCGAGAUCCCGGACCUCACGCCGCGCCCGCUGCUCGCGGCCCCCGUCGAGGAGAGCUGGUUCGAGCCGUCCACCCCCGUCAGCCCCGGCGCGGACGAGUCCGCCCUGCAUAGAGUUGGCACGCUCGUGCGCCGCGGAUGGAGGCGCAAGUAG